UCUCUGCUCGCUGCCUGUCCCUCGCCCCGGCCCGCGCCCGCGAUGCUGGCGCUGCGCUGCAGCCCUCGCCUACUCGGCCUGCUCUCCGUCCCACGCCUCUCGCCGCUGUGCCAGCCCGCUGCCCGCGCCUGCAGCAGCAAUGCCCGCGCUCAGUCCUCGUCCUCCGGAAACCCGCUCGUGUACCUGGAGGUGGGCGCCGACGGUCAGCCGCUCGGCCGCGUGGUGCUGGAGCUAAAGGCAGAUGUUGUGCCAAAAACCGCAGAAAACUUCAGAGCCCUGUGUACUGGCGAGAAGGGUUUUGGCUACAAAGGCUCGACCUUCCACAGGGUGAUCCCAUCCUUCAUGUGCCAGGCAGGUGACUUCACGAACCACAAUGGCACAGGUGGGAAGUCUAUCUAUGGGAGCCGCUUUCCUGAUGAGAACUUCACGCUAAAGCACGUGGGACCUGGUGUCCUCUCCAUGGCGAAUGCAGGCCCCAACACCAAUGGUUCCCAGUUCUUCAUUUGCACCAUGAAGACAGACUGGCUGGAUGGCAAACAUGUUGUGUUCGGCCACGUCAAAGAGGGCAUGGAUGUCGUGAAGAAGAUAGAAUCUUUUGGCUCCAAGAGUGGGAAGACAUCCAAGAAGAUUGUUAUCACAGACUGCGGCCAGCUGAGCUAACC